GCAGCGCCCCGUCCCCUGCCCCCGGGGGCGCGCUAUGGCCGCGGCGCGGGUGCUGCUGCUCCGCUCCGGGCGCCCCGAGCCCGUGAGCUUCUCGCAGAGCGUGUGUGGCCUCCUGGGCGCUGGGCCGGGGGCCACGCACUGCGGCCUGAAGCGGGGACAGCUCGUCCUCUCGGACAGGCCGUUCCCAGGCGCGUCGGCCAGGCUUCCGCUCCAGCGACCCCCUUUCUGCCCUUUUGCGGCCCUGGACCAGCAGCCCGGGGCUCCUGGGGACGAGCUGCCCACGAAUCGAGGUGUGGAUCUGGGUGUGGCAGUCAUUCUGCAGUCCAGCGAUCAGACCGUCUUGUUGACCCGAAGGACACGCACCCUCAACGUUUCACCCAACCUCUGGGUACCCCCAGGUGGGCAUGUGGAACUUGAUGAAGAGCUGUUGGACGGAGGGCUUCGAGAGCUUUGGGAGGAGAGUGGACUACAGCUGCCCCGGGGCCAGUUCUCUUGGGUCCCUCUGGGGCUAUGGGAGUCUGCCUACCCUCCUAGGCUGAGCUGGGGUCUCCCCAGAUACCAUCACAUCAUUCUCUAUCUACUUGUCAUCUCCCAGGAGUCACAGCAGCAGCUGCAGGCCCGGAUCCAACCAAACCCAGGAGAGGUGAGCGCCUUUAUGUGGCUGGGACCAGAUGUAGCAGCUGCAGUGGCUACCACAGAGGAUGGGGCAGAGACACCCAGACAUCUUCCCCAGGACCUACCACCCUCUGUCCCUGCGGUGGAACUAGGAGAGGAUGGAGGAGCUCGACCUCUGGCCUUGCCCACGUCCACACUGCUGCGGACCACCCCAGCCGCGGCCGACAGCCAAGAGAGGGUCAGCACAGGGACCAAGUUUGCCCUCAGGCUCUGGCUGCAACACCUGGGCAGGUAGAGCUGGGAUAGCAGCUGAGGUGACAGGACAGUGCUUUUUGGUCGGGGGCAGGUCCUCCUCAUCUGAUGAGCUUUCUAUUGUCAAGUCAAUCACUUCAACCCUCUUCUUAUUCUCUGAUGGAUUGCCCUCUUGGACUGGGCUAUACUGGACAGCUGUGGGUAGUAAGAAGACUAUGUCUCAGAGAAGAGGCCACCCCAGACUCAGCUCAACUGGGAGACAGGGGGUCACUCACCAUCCAGCCCAUACCCUGGCGGGGGGCAAACCUCAGAUGCCUCCUUCUUGGGUUUCAUUGGGCACCAGGAUCCGUCUUCCAUGAACUGGAUCUCAUCACAAUCCGAGCAGGAAUUAAGAAUCUCCAUGAAUAAACUGGGGGAAAGGAGAGAUGGGAACUCAUGUGGCCGGGAGAUGGCUAGAACAGCAGCCAGGGAGCUCUGGGACUCACCUUCCUGAACCUCAGCUUCCUCAUCUGUAAAUCAGGGAUAGUAUCCACCCUAAUGACCUCUCUGAGUUGUUGUUGGAAUCAAAUAAAGUAAGGUAUGUAAAA